AUGGCUGGUUGUCUGCAAAAUUCCCCACUUUGCAAAAAGUGGGCAUUUUUUAGAUGCCUGCUGCUUAUUUUUCCUCUAAGCUCCUGUUUUGCUGCAGUAUCCUCACAGCAGUUUGAUCCAGCUCACCUCUACUAUCACAGGUCCAGACCUAAUGAAGACAAUAUCAUCAUCGCUAACAAUGGGAUCAGGGUGCCUUUUGGGAGGUCUGUGUUUGUGGAUCCUGUGAAUGACCUGGUAACAGAAGUGCAGCCUGGUGACCGCUGCCACAUCACAGUUCUAGAGAAUGACCCACUGGCCCAGAAACCUGGGAUGUUGACCCCUAAAAAAUUCCCUUGUUCCUUUGGAGCAGAAGAAGUGAAAUACACUCAUUUUGGAUCUCGGAGCCCCAGUAAGGAUCGCGUAAAGCUUCAGCUUCGAUAUGACUCCCACACUGACACAGUUAUUAUCCCAUUCAUGUUGGAAAUGGAGGUGGUUUUUCAACAGCUUGAGAUUCUCACCAGGAAUAUGCCGCUCAAUGUUGAAAAGCUCAAUGGGGACAGCAACCCCAUUGAUAAAAAGGCUCUGGAGUUUUCCUUUGAGGACGGUGUCACUCAGUGUAAGAUCACCACUCUGGUUGGCGCUGGAGGUCUUCCCAGGUAUGGCACACUUUUAAAUAGCCCAGGAAAUGGCCAAAUGGUUGAUUGUGAUGAGUUCAUAAAAUUGGGCAUUCGCUACAAACACACUGCUAAAACCAAUUCACCAAACAGAGACUAUAUUCCAAUGAUGGUAGAGCUGCAGGAUAAUGAUGGCAACACGAUCAUGCAAGAGCAUUUCCAAAUGAUGGUUAGAAUCAAAGAAGGUGCGGAGAACACGGCUCCCAAACCCAGUUUUGUAGCCAUGAUGAUGAUGGAGAUUGAUCAGUUUGUGAUGACAGCUAUUACAAGUGACAUGCUGGCUGCUGAAGAUGUCGAAUCUGACCCAGAUGAUCUGAUCUUUAACAUUACUUCAACACUGAGCCCUCAGCAUGGUUAUAUCAUCAGUACAGAUGAUCAAAAUCUCCCUAUCACCUCCUUCUAUCAGAGGGACAUCAAAGAUCUGAAAAUAGCCUACAAGCCACCUUCAGAGGACUCAGAACAAGAGAGAAUUUUCCAGCUUGAGUUUGAAAUUGUAGAUACUGACGGUGCGGUGUCUGAUCCUUUUGCUUUUAUGAUUGUGGUGAAGCCUAUGAAUACCUUGGCUCCUGUUGCAACCAAAAAUACAGGACAGCUAUUGUUUGAAGGGCAAUCCCGAGCCCUCUCAAGCUUGCAGAAUCUAGAGAUUAGUGAUGAGGAUAACCUGGAAGAUGUGAGAAUCACAGUUGUUGAUGGUUUAAAGCAUGGAGACCUCACUGUGCUAGGCUCACGCAGGAAAUUCUUCACCCCUGCUGAUCUAGACGCCAGCAUUGUAGUGUAUCAGCAUGAUGGCAGUGACACCUACAGUGACAAUAUUAUUUUUAGAAUGACUGAUGGAAGUAAUGAAGUGGAAUUUUUGUUCCCCAUCACUAUUGCUCCCACUGAUGAUGAGCCCCCUAUUAUUAAUGCUAACACUGGCCUGGUGCUGUUCAAGAACGAAGUUAUGCAGAUUUCUCCCUUCAUCCUGAGUGCAACAGAUAUUGACUCAGAGGACUCCACCAUAAAGUUUAUCUUGGAAGCGCCAUACUCCACUUUAGGGGAGCUCCUGCUUAGGCAAGUAGAGCCACCCACUGACUCAUCUCAGUGGAAGUUCAGUGAGACAGAUGAGAUGUUUGAGCAGGUGGUAACUGAAUGGUUUCAGCAGGAUAUUCUUGAUGGAAAGCUGUUCUAUCAUCACAUUGGACCCCAUAGCACCACCACUGUGAUUGAUCAGUUUGUGUUCCGUGUCCAGGAUGACAAUGACCCUCCUAAUCAAUCAGGAGAGCACAUGUUUACAAUUAAAAUCCAUCCUGUUGAUGACCUUGCCCCUGAGCUUGUCCCAGGUACAACCCUUCACAUGACAGUCCAGGAAUAUGAGCUCACAUUCUUUAGAAAGAACUUCUUGUGUUAUACGGAUCUAGAUUCAGAUGACAGAGACCUGAAAUACACCAUCACUAAACCACCAACUGACACAGAUGAUAACAAUCCAGGCUCCUUAGGUGAAAUUGUACUUACUGAGAGCCCUGACACCAUAAUCAAAGAGUUCACACAAGCCCAGGUUAAUCACCACAAAGUAGCUUACAAGCCUCCAGACCAGGAACUGGGUAUUACUCCAAAAGUGGCUCAGUUCUCAUUCAUUGUGGAAGACACAGCUGGUAACACAGCAGAUGGACUAUUCACCAUUUUUCUACAGCCAGUUGACAACAAACCCCCAAUUAUCACCAACACAGGUUUCACUGUUAUGGAAAGAAAUACCUACAUUAUUACCCGGAAGGAGCUGCAUGCCACUGACACAGAUACAGAUGAUGAAAAUAUAAUCUUCACUGUGACCCAGAUUCCUCGAAACGGGCAGCUCCAGUAUUUAGGGAUUGACAUGUCAAAUGGUGAAACAUUUGUGCUUGACGACAUUGCAAAUGACCGUCUAGCUUACAUUCAUGGAGGAGAGGAAUCCCUUAGCGAUAUCAUCAAACUUGCUGUAAGUGAUGGCUUCCAUGAGGUACCCAUUAUUGUUAAGAUCACCAUUGAGCCGGUCGAUGAUGAGACCCCAACAAUCAUGCUCCCAGAGGGCCUGCUAGGAGCCUCCAUUGAUGUACUAGAGAAUGGAGCAACAGAGAUAACAAGUAAUGUCAUUCAGGGCCGUGAUGAAGACACAGAUGACCUAAUGCUCACUUUCAUUGUUGAAGAACCUCCCAGGAUGGGCGAAAUCCUUGUUAGUGGGGCUCCGGCUGAAAGAUUCACCCAGGAGGACAUCAUCAACGGGAUGGUGGUGUAUGCUCACACAUCUGGUGAGAUUGGUCCAGUCAAAAAACAUGACUCCUUCAACUUAACUUUGUCUGAUAUGUCUGAUCAGUGGGUGGUGGGUGGCAACAAGGUCCAAGGCGUGACAGUUCAAGUAACCAUCCUUCCAGUUGACAGCAUACCACCUGUUGUCAGUGUUGGUGGGCAGUUUGUUGUGGUAGAAGGGGAGAAGAAUGUUAUUACUAUAGACCACAUUCAAGCUGAGGAUGUUGACACCAACAAUGAUGACAUCCUUUGCACCAUCAUUGUCCAGCCAACAUCUGGCUACGUGGAGAAUAUCUCUCCAGCUGCAGGUUCUGAGAAAUCAAGAGCUGGAACUGCAAUCACUGCCUUUACCAUUAAGGAUGUCACCCUUGGUCAUAUCUACUAUGUCCAAAGUAUCCACAAAGGGGUUGAACCUGUGGAGGAUCGUUUCACAUUCCGCUGCUCUGAUGGUAUUAACUUCUCUGAACGUCACUUCCUCCCAAUUGUCAUAAUUCCAGCAAACGAUGAGAAGCCUGAGAUUUUCAUGCGUGAAUUUGUGGUAAUGGAAGGCAUGAGUCUUGUUAUCGACACACCAAUUCUGAACGCAGCUGAUGCUGACAUCCCCGGAGAUGAACUGCAUUUUGAGAUCAUCAAAAAUCCUAAGCAUGGUGCAAUAGUUCAGCAGCUCAGCACUGGCACAAUCCCAGUGGAGAGGUUCAACUUGGAACAAAUAAAAGAAGCAUCCAACAUUGUUUAUGAACAUGAUGACUCUGAGACUAAAGAAGACAGCUUUGAGGUCAGACUGUCUGACGGCAAACAUAAAGUAGAAAAAACUGUUCUCAUCAUGGUUAUUCCUGUAGAUGAUGAGACACCGAGAAUGGCUAUCAAUGAUGGCCUUGAUGUUGAGAUUGGAGAGACAAAACUAAUCAGUAACAGUGUUUUAAAGGCAACAGAUCUCGACUCGGAAGACAAAAAACUAACAUAUGUUGUGCGAUACGGACCUGCCCAAGGCUACCUUCAGCGGAUUGGUAAAUUUGGAGAUGUUUUAGGCAACAUAACUCUGGGAAUGAAUUUCACACAGGAUGAAAUUGACAAAAAACUCAUUCAGUAUGUGCAUACAGGCCAAGAGGGCAUCCGUGACCUGCUGAAAUUUGAUGUCACAGAUGGUAUCAAUCCACUUAUUGACCGUUACUUUUACAUCAACAUUGGGAGCAUUGACAUGGUUUUCCCAGACGUUGUCAAUAAAGGCGUAAUUCUCAAAGAAGGAGGAAAAGUGACUCUCACUACAGAUCUCCUCAGUACCACUGACAUCAACAGUCCUGAUGAGUACCUCAGCUUUAGCAUCACAAGAGCACCAAGCAGAGGACACUUAGAGUGUACUGACCACCCAGGUGUUCCCAUUUCCACUUUCACUCAACUGCAGCUUGCUGGCAACAAGAUCUACUACAUCCACACCUCCGAUGAUGAGAUGAAAAUGGACAGCUUUGAGUUUGAGGUGACAGAUGGCUACAAUCCUGUCUUUCGAACCUUCCGAGUAUCCAUAACUGAUGUAGAUAAUAAAAAACCUGUAUUGACUGUGAACAAACUGGUUGUUGAUGAGGGAGAAACCAAGCUCAUUACACCAUUUGAGCUGACAGCUGAGGAUCGGGACACGUCUGACAGACUGCUGCGCUUCGUAGUCACACAGGUGCCGGUGCACGGUCAACUGCUUUUCAAUAACACCCAACCAAUCGCAACCUUUACCAAGCAGGACCUGAAUGAGAAUCUCAUCAGCUAUAAGCACGACGGCACUGAAACCAAUGAAGACAGCUUCUCUUUUACUGUCACAGAUGGCACUCAUGCAGACUUUUAUGUCUUUCCUGAUACUGUGUAUGAGACACGCAGACCUCAGAUGAUGACCAUUCGCAUUAAUACAGUAGACAACGGUGUGCCCCAGAUUUUGGUUAACAAAGCUGCUGCCUCGCUGAAAGUCCUCCAAACAGGACACCUGGGCUUCGUGAUCACUAGUAAGGUCCUUCGAUCAGAAGACAGAGACAGUCCUCAGAAAAUUCUGAAGUACAUUGUGUCUGAGGCUCCACUGCAUGGCUUCAUCAUGAACACUGCACUAGGCAAUGAGAGCAUCAAGACCUUCACACAAGCUGACAUCAAUGACAUGAAGAUCUGUUAUGUGCUGCUGGAUAAGAGCAAUGCCACAAGUGAUAUCUUCUAUUUCACAGUCGAAGACAACGGUGGGAAUAAACUAAAACCUCAGCCAUUCAGGCUUAACUGGGCCUGGAUCUCUCUGGAAAGGGAAUACUACUUGGUGGAUGAAGAUGCCAAAUUCUUGGAAGUGACACUGAAACGUAGAGGCUACCUUGGAGAAACCUCUUUUGUCAGUAUUGCAACUAAAGAUGGCACAGCCGAGAAAGACAAGGACUUCCGUGGUAAGGCCCAGAAGCAGGUCCAGUUCAACCCUGGGCAGACCACAGCAACCUGGAGGGUGAAGAUCUUCACAGACCAAGAGUUUGAGACCUCUGAGAACUUUAAGAUCCAGCUAUCAGACCCAGUUAUGGCAGUUCUGGAGUUUCCUGACAUUGCAACUGUAGAGAUUGUGGACCCUGGAGAUGAAUCGACCGUUUUCAUUCCUCAAGCAGAAUUCAAGAUAGAGGAAGAUAUUGGAGAGCUCUUAGUGCCAGUGAGGCGUUCGGGAGAUGCCAGCCAGGAGCUUAUGGUAGUUUGUUAUACUCAGCAAGGCACAGCAACUGGCACAAUACCCAGCACUGUUUUGUCCUACUCUGACUAUAUCACCCGACCUGAGGACCACACCAGCGUGUUGCGUUUCGAUAAGGAUGAGAGAGAAAAAGUCUGCCGCAUUAUUAUCAUAGAUGACUCCCUGUAUGAGGAAGAGGAGACCUUUAACGUCAGCCUCAGUAUGCCAAUGGGUGGCCAGCUUGGCGCCAACUUCCCAUCUGCCAAAGUCACUAUUUUGGCAGACAGUGAUGAUGAGCCUUCACUGUACUUUGGAGAGCCUGAGUAUACUGUUGAUGAGAGUUCGGGCUAUGUCGAGGUAAAGGUCUGGAGGACUGGUACUGACCUGUCCAAGACUGCUACUGUCACCGUCCGCUCCAGGAAAAGUGAACCUGUUUCUGCAGAAGCUGGACUUGACUAUGUCGGCAUUAGCCGCAACCUGGACUUUGCUCCUGGAGUGACAAUGCAGACAUUUAGGGUCACCAUCUUGGAUGACCUGGGUCAGCCAGAGCUGGAGGGACUUGAGACCUUUGACCUUGUAUUGAGGAUGCCCAUGAAUGCUGUGUUAGGAGAACCCAGCAAGACAACCAUCACCAUCAAUGAUACUGUCACUGAUCUCCCAAAGGUUCAAUUUAAAGAAGGAAGCUACAAAGUGGAUGAGUCAGAUGGUGAGGUGAGAGUCACGGUGUACCGCAGUGGAGACAUCAGCCUUAGAUCCACAGUGCGCUGUUACACCCGCCAGGGUUCUGCUCAGGUCAUGAUGGACUACAGUGAGAGGCCAAAUACUGACGCAUCAAUCAUCACUUUUCUACCAGGUGAGUCUGAGAAGCCGUGUGUGGUGAGUCUGAUGGAUGACUUCAUCCAUGAGGAAGACGAGGAGUUCCGCUUGAUGCUGGGAAGUCCCAAAAGCAAGUCUCCUUAUGGAGCCUCAAUCGGGGAACAGAAGGAAGCAUUGGUCACCAUCACGGAUAAGAAAGACAAGCCCAUCAUCCGUUUUUCUGAGAUCAAGUACAGUGUUCGUGAACCCCAAGUGAAAGGGGAUGUGGCAAUAGUGAAGAUUCCUAUUCUGCGUUUUGGGGACACAUCAAAAGUCUCAGUGGUCAGAGUGCACACAAAGGAUGGCUCUGCAACCUCUGGGGAAGACUAUAACCCGUUGUCAGAAGAUGUGGAAUUCAAGGAGGGGGAGAAAGAGCACUUUGUUGAGAUUGAGAUCCUGUAUGACGGUCAGAGAGAGAUGAGAGAGGCCUUUACUGUGCACAUGAAGCCAGACGACAACAUGGUGGCUGAAAUACAGAUGAACAAGGCCAUUGUGUACAUUGAGGAGAUGGAUAGUGUAGCCGAUGUUACCUUCCCUGCAGUUCCCCAAGUGGUGUCCCUGCUCAUGUAUGAUGAUACAGCUAAAACCAAAGACAGGCCCCACCCACCUAAUGGAUAUCCUGUUGUGUGUGUGACGGCCUGCAACCCAAAGUACCAUGACUUUGAUAAAACAGGCUCCAUCUGCUCUGUGGAGAAUAUCAAUGACACUCUCACCCAGUACCGCUGGCUGAUCAGCGCUCCUACUGGACCAGAUGGAGUGACCAGCCCCAUGAGGGAGGUGGACACGAACACCUUCUUCACAAACACUAAGUCCAUCAUUUUGGAUUCAAUCUAUUUCCAAGCUGGUUCUAGGAUUCAGUGUGCAGCAAGAGCCUUUAAUGCCAAUGGAGAUGCUGGUCUGGAACUGUCCAGUCCCAUUGUUGUGAUCAGCAAAGAGGAAGGUAUGUGUCAGCCUCGCAUCCCAGGCACUGUUGGAGCCGAACCUUUCUCUGCAAAGAUUCGCUACACAGGUCCAGAUGAUCCAGACUUCCCAAACCUCAUCAAAUUGAACAUCAACAUGCCUCACAUGGAUGGAAUGUUGCCAGUGAUCUCCACAAGACCUUUGUCCAACUUUGAGCUUACACUCAGUCCAGAUGGCACACGUGUGGGCAACCAUCGCUGUUCCAACCUGCUGGACUUCAACGAGAUCCAAACUGGUCACGGCUUUAUCACGGAUGCAACAAAGAAUCCUGAAAUCAUUGGAGAGACUUCACCCUACCAGUACAGCACCAUCAUGCGGUCAACCAAUUCUCUUCGCUUCUACAGAAACCUCAACUUAGAAGCCUGUCUCUGGGAGUUUAACAGCUACUACGACAUGUCAGAGCUGCUCAAUGACUGUGGAGGUUCCAUUGGCACUGAUGGACAGGUGCUGAACUUGGUCCAGUCUUAUGUCACCCUGCGUGUUCCUCUAUUCGUGUCUUAUGUGUUCCACUCUCCCGUGGCUGUUGGAGGCUGGCAACACUUUGAUCUGCAGUCAGAGCUCAAACUCACCUUUGUAUAUGAAACAGCUAUCCUGUGGCAGGAUGGCAUUGGAAGUCCACCUGAAGCUGAACUACAGGGAGCCAUGUAUCCCACCAGCAUGCGUAUAAAUGGGGAGGGCCGGCUCGUGGUCAACUUCAAGACCGAGGCUCGCUUCAGGGGACAGUUUGUUAUGUCUCAUCCAGGAACCAGUGUGUCAUCCAUGGUGAUAUGUGCUGACCAUCCUGGGCUGACGUUUACUCUCACCCUGGUCAGGACUGAGCCAACGUAUAACCAGCCCAUGCAGCAGUGGAAUUUCGUCUCAGAUUUUGCAGUACGGGACUACUCUGGGACCUACACUGUGAAGUUGGUUCCUUGCAUUGCAUCGCCUAAUGGAGAGUUCAGCAUCCCUCCUGUCUGCCACCCCAGGGAACCACUUACUUUUGACAUGGACAUUCGCUUCCAGCAGGUGAGCGACCCAGUGGCGGCUGAGUUCAGUCUGAACACUCAGAUGUUCCUGCUCUCUAAGAAAGAGCUGUGGUUGUCUGAUGGCUCCAUGGGUUUCGGAGAAGAGACUGAUGCUGCUUUUUCAGAAGGUGCCACGAUUUAUGGCCGCGUGAUGGUUGACCCUGUCCAGAACCUGGGUGACUCGUUCUCUUGCAGCAUUGAGAAAGUUUUUCUGUGCACCGGAGCAGAUGGCUAUGUCCCCAAAUAUAAUCCCACUAAUAAGGAGUAUGGCUGUCUGGCAGAUGCUCCUUCUCUGCUUUACAGAUUCAAAAUCCUGGAUAAAGCCCAGCCAGAGACUCAAGCUUCAGCAUUUGGUAAUGUUGCUUUUAAGGCCACAUUGGCUCAGGAUACAGCUGAAGCUAUGCCUCUGGUCAGACAACCAGGCACAGAUGGCUUCACACUAUCUUCCUCCCCACUCUUCCAAGUUGCUGCUGGUCGGGAAUGGUUCAUCCACACCAUCUAUACUGUCCGCUCCAGAGAAAAUGCCAACCGAAACAUUGGCAAGCGCAGUGUGGAAUAUCUCCAUCACAGCGUCUCUUCUGUUGAGCGACCCCACACCUCCAAUGUGGCCUCUCGCCUCCGCCGAGCUGCCCCUGCUUUCUCAGGUCCAGCUUUAGCCCAGGAUAUUGGUAUCGAAAACAACCGGGGCACCAACAUCCAGCACAUUGCACUGGACCGAACAGACCGCAUAGUGGUCAACCAGCUGCAGCCCUGGACCCCUAACCGUGACCCCUUCCUGGAGCGCCCCCUGCUGGAGAGUUCAAGCAGAGAGUCAGCUGACACCUUCUACCUACCAGUGUUAGUGGGCAUCGCAGGUCUGAUCCUCUUCAUCUGCCUCAUCGCCAUUAUUGUCAUUUUGCUGGUGCGGCGCAAGAGGAAGGAAAAGAAGACUAAGUACCCUCUGUACACCACCUCCUCCUCUUCUGCCUACACUGGCUACAGUCAAGGUCCUGCAGGUUUGUGGAGCAGCUCAGACAGCUCUGAGGUCUAAAUGUGGACUCUGUUUCAUGUGAUCAUCUGUCCCCUAUUUAAGACUACAAUAGUCUCUUCACCACUGUGCCUUUGAAACCAAACUAAAAAGAGCCCUGUGGACAGAAAAUAAUGUCAGUGCUUGGGGCCUACAAAGAGAGAAUAUGCCAGUUUUGAGGCUUACUGAUUUCUGAAGAUGGUUAGUUUUUACAGGAAUGUACUGAAGGGUUGGUUCCUUAUUACAGCCUAUUCAGAGUUGUGGUAGUAUGUAGAAGACCCCUAAAAUGAUAUUCACCUCUUUCACUGGUUGCCAAGUUGUAAACUAUUGCAAUUCAUCCCGUUUGCAAGUGCAUGCAGUAAAUACAACUAGCUCACAAGUGAAUGUCAAUUUUAUUUAGGUUUCGUCGAAGAAAUUUUUCUAUGCUUAUCCUUUAAAAUUAUUUAGUUUUUUAUAUAAAUUCAUUGUGUUCCUUAUUUUAUUUUGUGGAGAAUAGAGAAAAUGGACUGAAUGCUAUGUGAAACUGACCUGAGUAAAUGACAGUUUUGUCCGGUUGUGCUUUCAAAAGCCUGCAGCACACAUGCCCACCACUAACAGCACCGUAGUGCCACUGAAAGGGGUUGUAAUAGCUAUUUUAGGCUUUUUGAGAAUGCAGAUUCACUUUCUUCUAAGCUUUUCAGAUAAAUGUGGCUGAAAACUGAUGCAAAUGUAUCUGUGUAAAUAUCAAAGCAGGACUAUGACAAAAAAAAAGGUAUCACUAUACCCUGGUUAAAACUUGAAAAAUAUUAAAUACAUGUCUUUCUGCUUCUUUAAGUCCUGAAAGGAGAAAUUUCCUGUCCGUAGGUGUGAAUAUAUUUGGUGAGUAGACUUAUGGCUUUUCAAUUUUGUGACAAAUGUUUGGAUCCCACUACUCUUAAAUUGCCAAAUACAAGUGUCGUUUUCUGAAUAAGCAGGAAGCAUUUUCUUUUUUUUACAAAAAGGUAACUUUAUUUUUUAUGCUCAAAAAAGGACAUUUUCAACUUCACAUAGGAAGAUAAAAGAACAGAUGUUUUUCUUAAGAAUACAAAGGGCACAUAUUUCAAGCAAUGGAAUGCAGUACAACCAUCAGGCAUAAAUAGAUUUAUUUCAGUUAACUACUCAUUAAAAAAAAAAAAGAAAAAUCAGCACAGCUGCAGUGUUUAGGUAAGUAAGAAGAGGGCAGGCUCGUAAAGGAGCACCUCCUAAAACCUAAUACAACCAGAUCAGUCCGUUAGGGAUUUUACACAGUACAUUAUCACAGCCUGCUAAACAAAUACCGAUACUAGAACUAAUGAUACUGGAGCUGGCUGCCGCUUUCAAAUUUUGAUGCUGCAGGCUGUGAGGAGUUUCACAACUUCAGCUUUUUCCUGCGUCCUCGACCAUCUGGAGUUCCCUCUGCCUUUCGUUUCUGUGCCUACAAAGCAAGGGGGAGGUUGUUAGAAAAGCCUUCAUAUAUUUGUGCCCAGCUGAACUUGUGGAAAUGUGCACACAGAUGGCUCUUCAGGUCUACCAGAAGUCUGCUGGUGUAGACAGUUAAUGUUCAACUUUGAGAAAAAAGUUUUUUUUUUCCUUAAAAAAAAAAAAAAAAAAAACUUUUAAUGAAUAAUAAAGAGACUGGUUU